UAAUUAGGGCAUGGCUUGGGUUGUUUACAUAUGGGAAUAUCUUCCUUCCCUCCCUUUUGAUGGUUAAGCCUCUUUGCCGAGAUGGAAGAGGAAGAUCAAAGAGGACAGCCACUGCUUCCUCUGCCGAUCGCCGCCACAGUUUCCAGUUCUUCUUCACUAAGGAAUCAUUCAACGGUAACCGACCAAUACUACGAAGGUCCUUCACUUGAUCUGCAAUUAUCAGUCAAUCUACGGCCAAUCCAGAAACCAUCAGGUAGUGUUAAAACGGGAGGCUCCAUUUGUGAUGUUAAGUCCGAUAGCAGCAGUAUCGAAUCUUUGAGAUGGCAAGCGGGGGAGCAAAUUCGAUUGGCAGCCAUCGAAGCGGCAUAUGCAGAGAGAGUGAGGGAGCUUGCAAAGAUGGAAAUGGAGAUGGCUCAGUCUGAGUUUGCAAGAGCAAGGCAUAUGUGGCUAAGGGCAAGGGAGGAAGUUGAAAAGGCUGAGAAAAUGAAGCAAAGAGCAACAAGGCAGAUUGAUUCUAAGUGCAUGGAGAUCAGUUGCCAGUCUUGUAGACAAAGGUUUAGACCUUAAAAGUCUUGCUUUGUUUAAGUAGAGAUAGAUAAGUUUUCCUUUGCCAAGUUGGUGUUUGGGAGCUUAGAAAAUUUGGGUAUUGAAUUUAUGGUUCAAUGGAUUAGAAGGAAAUCAACAAACAACACCAUAAAAACAGCAUGAUGAUCAGAAAAGUCCAUUGAUGCUUGGCGUUCAUGAAACUGAGGUAGGUUCAAGGAUGGAAGUUAUGGGUCAAAAAGAACUUAUGUAAUUGGUGAUUAUGAAGAACAAUUCAUAUUUUAGAUUAGACAAUUUGUUUAUUAGAGCUUUUUCCAA